UGACAGUUAUUAUCAUAAAUCAAUAUUUCCAAUUUGUAUUUUUUUAUUCUUUGUAAAUAAUUAGGUUUUUUUUAAAAAUAAUAUCCAUAAAUUCACAACAACUUUUAAUAAUAUCAUCAUAUCGUUUCAAGCACAAGAAGUUGGCUAUAAUUUCAAAACUAUGACGUUAAAUUUGAAGAUAUUUACUUUGAACUGUUGGGGCAUUCCGAUAGUUUCAAAAGACCGCAAAAAAAGGAUAGAAGCGAUAGCUGAGUAUUUGCUUAAUUCUUCUCAUAAUAUAGUAUGUCUGCAAGAGAUUUGGAGUGAAAAAGACUAUUUAUAUAUAAAGGAUCGCCUACAUAGUUGUCUUCCAUAUAGUUACUAUUUUUACAGUGGUGUUCUUGGUUCUGGUCUAUGUGUGUUCUCAAAAUGGAUAAUACAAGAUGUAUUCUUUCAUCAAUGGCCAUUAAACGGGUACAUUCAUAAGAUUCAUCAUGGUGACUGGUUUGGAGGUAAAGGUGUUGGAUUAUGCCGUAUUCAAUGCAACAAUAGACUUAUUAAUGUCUAUUGCACACAUCUCCAUGCAGAGUAUAAUGAGGAUGACAUGUACUUAGCACACAGAGUAUUACAAGCAUACUCUACUGCUGAAUUUGUCAAUCUUACAACAUCCCCUGCAGAUGUUUCCAUACUGGCUGGUGAUUUGAACACUGCACCGGGAGAUUUAUCAUUUAGAUUAAUAACUCAACUACCUGCUCUUAUUGAUCCAUGCGGCUUAGAAAAUAUAAUUAAUAAAAACAUAGAAAAACUGUCAGGAACAAGUGAUAAUAUAAACAAUAGUUAUUCUGAUCCGAAGCUCGUAAAAGUUUGUCCAGAAGGGAAGAGAAUAGACCACAUUUUGUUUCAUGUUAAUAGAUCUUUGGAGGCUGAAGUAAUUAAUAUCUGUAACCCACUGGAAGAUAGAGUGCCAGGUGAACAAUUUUCUUAUUCCGACCAUAAUGCUGUGUCCUUAGAAUUAAAAAUAACAUCAACAAAUAAUAAAUCAAAGCUUCGACAACUGAGUGCAGAAGAACGUUUCCAAGAUACCAUAGAGGAAGCAAUAAAAGUUUGUAAAGAGGCAACUGUUACAAUUUCUAAAUCAAAAAAAAUAUUUCUUACAACCGGUGGCCUGAUGUUCAUGUUCCUUUUGGGUUCUGUAGGCUUCUGGCCGAAUAAUAUAUUCUCUGAUGUCUGUAAAAUAGUAAUUACUGGAAUAUGUUUUUAUUACAUUAUUAUGGGUACAUUGUGGAACAGAAUUGAAAUGAAUAGUUUGAAAGCUGGUUUGACAGCACUUGAAAAUUUUACCAAAAGUAGAAAUGGGAAUAAAGUCAUUGAUUAGUUAUUUCCUUUUAACAUUUUAUUAUUAACAAUCAAUAUUAUUGUCAUAUAUGAAGCAACAGCUACUUAAGUUUGACGUUAAAGUAUUUAUUAGAAAAAUAUAUAUCAUAUAUAAAUAAUUUUACUUAAUAUACAACCAACUGAGGCUUUAAUACUUGAAUGUGUAUGUAAAUAAAAAAAUAUCAGUAUUAACCAAAGUGUAAGCAUAUCAAAUAUUUUAUAGUUGUUAUUUAUUUAUUUAUUAUAAAUAAAUAAAUAAAUAAAUUUAUUUUAAAUCUAAGAUAAACAUUCCGUUGUAUAAAAUACAAUUGAAAGAUAAUUCCAUUUCAUUGUUUUGUCCUAAUUUGGUUGAUACUAUGUGAAUAGGUACUUGAAAAUUAUAUUUAAUAUUACAUACAUAAAUUGUUAAUGAAAAAAUAUUAUUUUAAAAUGUUGAUUAUGUUUUGCAUUGAGCUAAGUCUCCACAUAAUAAAACUUGGCAACAACUUUCUUGCUAUUUUAGUGCAAGUACACCUUUAAUAAUAUAAAGGUUUAAAAUAAAAAUGUUUAUUUCAUAACUUUCUACAUACACCAUUUAGAACCCCGAAUUAUCUCUGCUUAUAUUUGGGGAUUCCCCUGUCACAUAUAAAGUGAUGAGGUUUUCAUAUCUAAAGUACUUAAGGCUAUUUUUAUAAUAAUGUUAAAUGAUGCUCAGAAAAUGUAUCGCAAUUUAAUGUAUAUGCUAUUUAAGUGUAUGUAUAAAUUUUACAUAAAAUAAAUAAUAAUAUAUCUG